AUGCCAUUGCCUCUGGGGAAAUGGGUCCUUUUUUCCAGUGUAGUGGUCAGUGGGAGCUGUGCCCUUACAUAUUACCUUAUACAAAAAGCUUUUUCCAGGGCUUCCUAUUACGAGCUGGUAUUGGAGCCGCUGCACAGCCACCCUGAGUCCCUGGAAGCUCUGUGCACUCCUCUCAACAUCCACUAUCUACACCUCACUGACAAGUACAACUUUGUGGAUAUUGCCAGUACCCAGUUGAAGAUUCCUGUCUCUGGAUUCAAGUCAGAGGGCCAUCUCUAUGUCAGCUCAUCCAGAGAUGCCCCUUUUCAGAGAUGGCACCCUCAGGAUGUCUUCUUAAAUCUUAAGGAUGGUUAG